AUGAGUUCAGAAAAUGAACAACAGCAAGAACAGAUUUCGCAAGAUUCUAAACAAUUUGAAGAAAAUCUUGCAAAACAAAAUAGCAACAAUGAUGAUAACGACAAGUUGGAGAAUUCUAACAUCACCACAACUAGUACUACAUCUAAAUUACCAUCACCACCAGAAAAACCACAACAGAAACCACUAAUAUUACAGCAACAGCAACCACCGCCACCAUUACAAUAUACAAAACCAGAUUGGAGCGGAUUGCCAAAAGAUGAUUAUUCAUUUGAAGUAAUUAAGAAUGGAAUAAGUUUAGAAAUUAUCGAUUUUCCAAAAUCAAAAGAAUUUCUUGCAAUUGGGCGAUUACCGACUUGUGAUAUUCCAAUGGAACAUCUUUCAAUAUCCAGAUACCAUGCCGUGCUUCAAUUCAAUAACAAAGGAGAACUUUUAAUAUAUGAUUUGGAAAGCGCACAUGGUACAAUUUUGAAUAAACGAUUGUUACCGUCAAAAUCAUACACGAAACUUUGUGUUGGUGAUCAAUUAAAAUUUGGUCAAAUUAUACCAAAAUCAACAUUAUUACCUAAAACUAUAGAUACUGGAGUUACUUGGGGUUUUGGAGAAGAUGCAGAAGAUGAAGGUGAAGUUAUAAUGGCAAACGCUAAAAAUUCAUGGAUAAAGAAUGAAAAUGCGUAUUAUUACAAAGAUCCAAAAAAAGCUAUAAGAAACUGGUUAGAGAAUCGAGGUUAUGAUUUAGAAUUUGAAAGUGAACAAGAAGGAACUAAAAAUAAUGCGAAAACUUACUCAGUUCGCGUACGACUACCUGAUGUUGAAGAUGAAUUUGGACCAGUUUAUGGAAUAGGUUCUAAUAUUAAAAAAAGAGAAGCAGAAAGGCUAGCAGCAAUUGAUGCAUGUGAAAAAUUAGAUAUGUUGGGAAUUUUACGUGGUAGCCAAGAUGAAGCAGCUGAAAGAAGCAAAGCAAAAAAAUUAAAACAACCACAACCACCUAAAAAAGUCGAGACAUUUGAGUCAUUGACAGAACAAUAUGAAGAGAUUACAUUGAAAAUUAAAGAAUUACAAGAUAAAAUUUCUUUAGCUUCUAAAAAAGUAAAAACAGAUGGAAAUGAUAAUGGUGUUGAUGAUGAUUUAGAUUCAUAUAUGAAUUCAAUUAAUGAUGAUCUUGAAAUUGAAUCAAAAACUGAAUUGGAAAAUUCAUUAAAUGAAAAUCAAGAUAAAUCAUCAGUGAUACAAGUUUCAAAUAAUGAGGAUGAUGUGCCAAUAGAAAAUAAUGCAACAGAAUUAGCAACAGCAGAAGAAACUUCAACGAACAAUAAAAAAACUAAAAAAAUUAAAUUUAAAGCGAAUGUUCCAAUGACAUUAGAACAGCAUCAAGAACAAUUAAAAAUUUAUGAAGAUAAUAAUGAACUUGAAUUGGAAGAUGCGACUACUUGGGAACCACCUAAUGAUCAAUUAGGCAUCUAUUAUUUAUAUUUAUGUGAUGGAAAAACUUUUUUGAAUGAAAAAUUUGGAUAUUGA